AAUGAAACACCAACGUGUAUAGGAUUGCUGUUCGUCCUUUGCACUCCUCUGGUAAGCGGCAGAAAGGGCCAGCCGGCAUCUUACGCUAAGCUUUUCCAAAUUCCAAUUACUCGCCGGUUACGUUUAUUCUCAACGGUUACUCUUCAAUUACAAAAACAGUAAGGGGGCGGCGAUGUUUUCAUGUCUUUCCGGCUGGCCUAUUUCCGAUUACAUGGGAAGGUUUACCUGCGUUUAAGGUGAGUAAAUUUUAAUUAAUUUCAAUUAUGUAGUGGGCCUUGGUGUAUUUACUUGCAAUGAAUUGGAAUUAUGUGCGUUUGUGCCCCUUGGUUUAUUAGGGUUCUAGCAAUGUUGUCUCCAUGUAUAAAUAAACUCAUGAUUUGGGUGUUAGUCUGCACUACCAUAAGUUGAGUUUGUUCCCACAAGUCUUUGUCCCCAGAACUGUUUUUUUUCCAUUGAAGAUGUCUUCACCCAUAUCUGCUUUACUGAACAAGAAGAUGGAUGAUCACAUUGCUAUUCAGAAACUUACACGUGUGUCUACCAAUUAUGCGAUUAAGGCGCGUGUUUCUCGAUUGUGGGAUGCAUACCAUUUUCAGAAGAAGAAAGAAUUAAUUAGCACUGAUAUGGUGCUGAUUGAUGAGGAGGGGUCGUAUAUUCAUGCAAGCAUCAAAGGCAGCUGGGCACAUCUAUUUUAUUCAUACAUACUCUACUUUUCCUUCCUUUAUGUGAGGAGAAAAUGAGACCGGGCUGAAGCCACUGUCUACAUAUAUUUCCACCCUGAGACAUAUCAUUGACCUGAAGAUAGUACUUGAAUUCCAGACUUGAGUCCAAUUCUGGGCUUAAAUUGGUAACAAGCUUGGGGCAUAUGACCUAUAUGCUCCAGUUUUUGGUGAAGGAGGAAUUCACUUGUUCUUUGCCGUUACCUGUUGUAGCCCUUGCCAAUCUAAGACUACUCAAUCUUGAUCUUGAUAAACUGAAUGUGCAUGGAGGAGGUGUAUCUUUGGGACAUCUUUUGGCCUGCAGUGGGGCUAGGAUCUUGGUGACUUUGCUAGGGGUAGUCAUUGCAAUAUCCGGUCGUUCAGUACCCAAGCAGAGGACAUAUAUUACACAUAGCUGAGAGCCUUUGCCUUCUUACAAAAUCCAAGUCUCUUAUCUUAGAACUCCCAUUGAAACGUACUCCUUCUCAGGGUCUAUUAUUUACCAUUGCCAUCUUUGUCCGCUAAGCAAGUAGUCAUUGGAAUAUCCCGUCGUUCUGUACCCAAGCAGAAAUCAUAUAUUACAGAUACCUGAGAGUCUUGGCCUUCUUACAAAAUCAAACGCUCUUAUCUUACAACUCCCAUUGGAACGUACUCCCUCUCAGGUUCAUUCACCUUGGGGUACACAUAUAAUUGUUCUUCCUCAUCAUUCAUUAAUUCUAAUUUUAGCAUCACUUUAUUCUUUUCUGGCCAAAGGUAUUACUUUUCAACCCUUCUGGUAAGGUAUCUAAUAGAUCUAUACACCAUGAAAACUGUAAUCCGGGACGGAUAGUAGGCCAUGUGACCAUGGGGGUAUGUUCACGUGUCUUGGGCAUUUGGUGUUGGCCAUCAGUGCCCGCAGAAGGGAGAUUAAUGUAAGG